AGACAAUUGGCUUCUCACCGGAAGAGUCAUUCAACAUUCACCAAGCAAAGCGCAUCUUACUUUCACCCAUAUAAAAAGUCGUAACUUUCUGUUAUCUGACAAGAUAUCUCCUGCCAGCUCCAACCUCCGAUUUUCCACUUUUCCCCAGCUGCGACACUCUCAAUACCCCACCAUAUUCAAACUAUCAAAAUCAAACAGAAAUGGAGCAGAGGAAAGAGGAAGUAAUUCGCAGACCUUUAUAUGGUAAGAAUUACCAUCUUUUCAACGAUUUCGAUCCUGAUGAAAUCCAGUUUAUGAUCUUCCGAAGGAUAUUCUCAGCACCUUAGAACGAAAGGAAGGCGAUGGUCCAGAACCCCAGCAGCAAGAUUUCCCUACAUUAGGCACGACCGCAGAAUCGAGGCCCGAAUCGAGAGCAGAAAGCACAGAUGGCUCGAAAUCAUGUACACUGUGCGGAGUACCAUUUCAUACGGUUGAAGACCAGCGAGGCCAUGUGCGAUCAGAUUUACAUGGGUACAAUCUAAAGCAACGACUACGAGGGGCAAAACCAGUAUCGGAAAAUGAAUUUGAGAAGCUUAUUGGAGGUAUGGAUAAUCCGUGGAUGUUUGAGGAUAUAUGCUGAUAAUUUCUAGAUCUAAAUGAGAGUUUAUCAGGUUCCGAUUCUUCUGAUUCGGAAGAUAACGAAGAGGGAGGAGCUCGUGAGGAGACUACACUAAGUGCUCUACUGAAAAAGCAGGCAGCGAUAUCUUCGAAAGAUGCACCCGAUGAAGAUAAUUUGGUUUCCAAGAAAAAUCCCACGAGCUCUGGAAAGGCGCCAUUGUACUGGUUCACAACUCCAAGUCUACCCAAAAACACAUACUUGGGGAUAUACAGAGCAAUUUUCACGACGACAGAGCAAGAAAAUGAGUCUUCUUUGGUCGAGAUUGUGCAAGGGAAGCAGCUGGCACCAAAACCUCAAUUGAAAAUACCACUCGACCCAAAAGGAGUUCCAUUACCAGAAUCUUACAAAGAACCUCAUAUCUUUUUAUGUAUGAUUGGCGGUGGCCAUUUUGCGGCCAUGGUCGUGUCGCUCUCACCGAAACAAUCGAAACAUUCCGGUCCUUUGAUGCGCGAGGCCACAGUACUGGCCCAUAAGACGUUUCACCGAUAUACUACUCGUCGAAAACAGGGUGGAGCUCAAUCCGCGAAUGAUUCUGCUAAAGGAGCUGCACACUCAGCUGGUGCUGAUCUGAGAAGAUACAACGAGCAGGCUCUUACCGAAGAAGUUAGACAGCUUCUUCAAGAUUGGAAGGGAAUGAUUGAUACUUCAGAGCUUCUAUUUCUUCGAGCCACCGGGAAUACGAAUAGGAGAACACUUUUUGGUCCAUAUGACGGGCAGGUUCUGCGACAAAACGAUAAAAGAAUACGAGGAUUUCCUUUUAGCACCAAGAGAGCGACUCAAAAUGAAUUGAUGCGCUCAUUUGUCGAGCUUACCAGAGUCAAGGUCUUAGAAGUGGACGAAGCUGCAUUGCUAGCCGCAAAACAAGCAGCAGAAAACAAGGCCGCAUCCAAAGUUGCCAAAACAGCUGCCCCAGCGCCGCCAAAACGAACUGAAGAGGAAGAAACAGCACUUCUACAUACCUCUCAAAUCCAGGCGUUAAUACGACGCUCCAAACUUCCUGCCUUGCUCUCAUAUAUUAAAACUAACUCCCUUUCGCCGAAUUUCCGCUUCACACCUGCGGAUACUCAACAAAACCACCACGCUCCUACCCCCCUACAUUUUGCAGCCUCUCAAAACUCCGCACCACUAGUCACUGGCUUAUUAGUCAAAGGAGGCGCCGACCCAACGAUAGAAAAUGGCGAAGGAAAAACACCAUUCGACCUCUCCGGCGACCGAGCAACCCGAGACGCCUUCCGCGUCGCCCGCCACGAACUAGGAGACAGCGCCUUUGACUGGAGCAAAAGCAACAUUCCCUCCGCAAUAUCCAAGUCCCAAGCCAAAUCACGAGAAAAGGAGGCCAAAGCUGAAGAUGCGAAAGCGGAAUCGGAAAGAAGGAAAACGGAAGAGGAGAGGUUAAAAUCCGAGGGUCCGAAGGUUAAUGAGGGGGGACUGGGGAAAAUGGCGGAAAGGAAGAGGAUGAAGGUUCUCGGGGAGGUGGCGAAGACUGCGCAGCAGAAGAGGGAGGAGGAGGCGAGGGGACUGACGCCUGAGAUGAGGAUGAGACUUGAUAGGGAGAGGAGGGCUAGGGCUGCGGAGGAGAGGAUGAAGAAGAUGGCUUCUGGGAGUUAAUAUAGCCGACCAGGCCAAUUGCAAGGGCUAUUAAAUUAGGGGGCAUUUUGGUCAACUACCGAUAAACAAAUAAGAAUAAUAUUUAGAUUUUGAAGUCGUUCAUAG